AUGACUCCGUUCUUGUCGAAAAAAGUCCCAGAGAUACCCAACGAGGAUGAAAGAAAAAGAUACCCUUAUAAACACUCAAACUAUCUUUCAAGAAUGUUAUUCUGGUGGUUGAUGCCAUUAAUGAAUGUUGGUUACAAAAGAACUUUGACUUCAAAUGAUUUGUGGUACUUGGAAGAAGAUAUGACCAUCAAACAAACUUAUGCAAAAUUUGAACACAACUUGACAAGUAUAAUUGAAAAAGAUCGUGCAAAGCAUCUGAAGAAGAACCCAAACUUAACACCAGAAGAACUAGCCAAGAUCCCAUAUCCAAAAUAUUCAAUUGUCCAAGCAUUAUUCCUAACUUUUAAAUGGCAAUAUUCUUUUGCUAUUUUUUGCAAGGCCUUAUCAGAUAUUGCACAAACCCUUAAUCCACUUUUGACCAAAGCUUUAAUCAAUUUCGUUGAAAAGAAAAUGUAUGUUAAAGAUUUACCUUUGGGUAAAGGUGUUGGUUAUUCAAUCGGGGUUUCAUUUGUUCUUGCUGCUAAUGGUAUUUUGAUCAAUCAUUUCUUACACAAUUCCAUCACAACUGGUGCUCAUUGUAAGAGUAUUUUAACAACUGCAUUGUUGAAAAAAUCAUUCAGAGCAAAUGCUGAAACAAGACAUAAAUAUCCAAGUGGUAAAGUCACUUCAUUAAUGGGUACAGAUUUGGCAAGAAUUGAUCUUGCUAUUGGGUUUCAACCUUUUGCUAUCACGUUCCCAAUUCCUGUUAUUAUCUCAAUCGUACUUUUGAUUGUUAAUAUUGGUGUUUCCGCAUUGGCUGGUAUUGCUAUUUUCAUUGUUUCAAUUACAAUUAUUGGUGCUUCUGCUAAAUCUUUAUUGAAAUUAAGAAAAAGUGCAAAUCAAUACACUGAUGGUCGUGUUGGAUUCAUGAGAGAAAUUUUACAAUCAAUGAAGAUGAUAAAGUUUUACUCUUGGGAAGAUGCUUAUGAGAAAAAUGUCACAGAAACUAGAAGAAAAGAAGUUUCAAUCAUUUUCAAAAUGCAAACAAUUAGAAAUUUUUUGACAGCUUUUGCAGUGACUUUACCAACUUUCACCUCCAUGGUUGCAUUCUUAGUUUUGUAUGGUGUCUCAAAUAAUAGAAACCCAGCCAAUAUCUUUUCAUCUAUUUCCUUAUUUGGUGCUUUGUCACAACAAGUUUUAAUGUUACCAAUGGCUUUGGCCACAGGUGCAGAUGCAAUGAUCGGGAUUGGUAGAGUUCGUGAAUAUUUGCAAUCUCCAGAAAUAGAAGAUGAUGAAAACUCACAAGAAUUUAAUGACGAUACAUUACCAGAUGACGUCGCUAUUAGGGUUAGAGAUGCUUCAUUUGAAUGGGAAGAGUUUCCAGAAGAAGAAGAAUCAACAGCUGCAAAAGGCACAACCAAGAAGAAAUGGUUCAAGAGAUCAAAAAAGGAAGAGAAUGAAAAAGUUCCAAUUAAUACAGUUGAUACAAUAACUUCAGAUUCUUCACCUUCUGAAAAAGAUACCGAUGAUGAUGUUAAAUAUACCAAAUCUGUGUUUAAAGGUUUCCAUGAUAUCAAUCUUGAUGUUAAAAAGAAUGAAUUUAUCAUUGUUACUGGUCCAAUUGGUUCAGGAAAAUCAUCAUUAUUAACUGCUUUAUCAGGGUUUAUGAGAAAGAGGAAAGGUAAUUUAGGUGUUAAGGGUUCAUUAUUAUUAUGUGGUCAAUCAUGGGUUCAAAAUGCAACUGUUCGUGAAAACAUCUUGUUUGGUUUAGAUUAUGAUGACGAAUGGUAUAAACAAGUUAUUGAAGCAUGUGCUUUGAAAGAUGAUUUGAAAUCAUUCCCAGGUGGUGAUUUAACAGAGAUUGGUGAACGUGGUAUUACAUUAUCUGGUGGUCAAAAAGCUCGUAUCAAUUUAGCUCGUGCAGUUUAUGCUGAUAAAGAGAUUAUCUUACUAGAUGAUGUUUUGAGUGCUGUUGAUGCUAGAGUUGGUAAACACAUAAUGGAUAACUGUCUUGUUGAUUUACUUCAUAAUAAAACAAGAAUAUUGGCCACUCAUCAAUUGUCAUUAGUCAAUGAUGCUGAUCGUGUUAUUUAUUUGAAUGGUGAUGGUACUAUUAAUAUGGGUACUGUUGAAGAAUUAUCACAAACUUCACCAGGUUUUGUUACAUUAAUGGAAUAUAGUAAAAACUCUGAAGAUGAUGAUGAAGAAGAAGAAAGUUUUGAGGAAAAUGUUGACCAACAAGAUUUAGAAACAAAGAAAUCUCAUGCAGUUAGUGAACAUGGUAUUGCAAAUGCAAAAGAUGGUGCUUUGACAAGUGCUGAAGAAAAAGCAGUCAAUAACAUUUCUUGGGCAAUUUACCUUGAUUAUUUGAAAGCUGGUCAAGGUAAACUUGGUAUAUUUGCAGCUCCAUUAGCUUUAAUGUUUUUGAUUACCGAAGUUUUCGUAUCAUUGUUUUGUAAUGUUUGGUUGUCAUUUUGGAUCAGUUAUAAGUUCAAAGGAAGACAUGACGGCUUUUACAUUGGUCUUUAUGUGAUGUUCACCAUGGUUUAUAUGGUUUUAUGUUCAUGUACUUUUGUUUUGAUGGGUUAUAUUACUGUGGGUGCUGCAAAGAAGUUGAAUUUGAAAGCUAUGCAAAAAAUCUUACAUGCUCCAAUGAGUUAUAUCGAUACUACACCAUUAGGUAGAAUCAUGAACAGAUUUACAAAAGAUACAGAUGCCUUAGAUAAUGAAACUGGUGAACAAAUUAGACUGUUUUUACAUCCAGCUGCUUUUGUUUGUGGUAUUAUCAUUUUAUGUAUUAUUUAUCUACCUUGGUUUGCCAUUGCAGUUCCACCAUUAGCUGUUGUUUUUGUUUGUGUCACCAAUUAUUACCAAUCAUCAUCAAGAGAAGUUAAAAGAUUAGAAGCUGUCAAGAGAUCAUUUGUUUAUAAUAAUUUCAAUGAAGUGUUGAGUGGUAUGUUCACUAUCAAAGCUUAUCAGGCAAGUGAAAGAUUUAUAAAUAAGAAUGAUACCUUGUUGGAUAAAAUGAAUGAAGCUUAUUUUGUUGUUAUUGCUAAUCAAAGAUGGAUCUCAAUUCACCUAGAUCUUGUUGCUUGUGUUUUGGCUUUAAUCGUUGCCCUAUUGUCAGUUUCAAGACAAUUCAAUAUUAGUGCUGCGUCUGCAGGUUUAGUCGUGACUUAUGUUUUACAAUUGGCUGGUUUAUUAUCAUUAAUUUUGAGAGCUUAUACCCAAGUGGAAAAUGAAAUGAAUUCUGUUGAAAGAUUAUGUUAUUAUGCAAAUUCAUUAGAACAAGAAGCUGCUUAUAGAGUUUCAGAAACAAAACCUUCACCAACAUGGCCAGAACAUGGUCAAAUUGAAUUUAAAGAUGUUUCAUCACGUUAUAGAGAUGGAUUACCAUUAGUUUUGAAAAACCUUGAUUUUACUGUUAACCCUGGUGAAAAAAUUGGGAUUUGUGGUCGUACUGGUGCUGGUAAGAGUUCUUUAGUUUCAGUAUUGUAUCGUUUGAAUGAAUUAGCUGAAGGUGAAGUUGCCAUUGAUGGUGUUGAUAUCUCAAAAUUAGGACUUUAUGAUCUAAGAUCAAGAUUAUCAAUUAUUCCACAAGAUCCUGUUUUGUUUCAAGGUUCAAUUCGUAAGAAUUUAGAUCCAUUUGGUGAAAGUGAUGAUUUACAUUUAUGGGAUGCAUUAAGAAGAUCUGGAUUAAUUGAAGAAUCAGUUUUGGGUGUCAUUAAAAAUCAAAGCAAAGAUGAUGAAAAUUUCCACAAGUUCCAUUUAGAUCAACAAGUUGAAGAUGAAGGUUCCAAUUUUUCAUUAGGUGAACGUCAAUUAUUAGCAUUAGCAAGAGCUUUAGUUCGUAAUUCCAAGAUUUUAAUUUUGGAUGAAGCUACAUCAAGUGUUGAUUAUGAGACUGAUGCAAAGAUUCAAUCCACCAUUGUUAAGGAAUUCAAACACUGUACAAUCUUGUGUAUUGCACAUAGAUUGAAAACCAUUUUGAAUUAUGAUAGAAUCAUGGUUUUAGAACAAGGUGAAAUUGAACAAUUUGAUGAACCAUUGACCUUAUACAGUGAAACAGAGGGUAUUUUCAGACAAAUGUGUGAAAGAUCAGAUAUCAAAUCCUCAGACUUUGCAAAAUAUUCAUGA